AUGGGAAAAGAAACCAUAAAUUCUUCCGAUAAUAGCGGUGAUAGCAUUUAUAGUGUUAAUAGCAUUUAUAGCGGUAAUAGCACUAAUAGCGGUGAUAUCAUUAACGCUACGAAUAGUCGAAAUGGGAGUAAACAAAGUAAAAUGAGUUAUAUGUCAACUUUGUUGCCUGACAAUAUACGAAUCAGGGAAUUCGAGAGAAAAGAUUAUGAAGAAGUGCAUCGACUUUUUGCGAAUUCCAUGCUGGAUAAUGUCGAACAUGGACUACGUUCCCUACUUCAACAUCGAUAUUUAAUAACUCUCUGGAUCUCGAUAACUUACCUAACAAUAAAAAAUUAUGAAGCAGCACCCAUUACAUUACACCUAACAAUAUUUCUGGCGUGGGGUUUUUUUCUAUAUGCGAAUUUACAACGUGCCGUCUCUGGAUAUAUUAUCCAUGAAACGAGAUGUUCUAUUCGAAAGGGGUUGAUGAAUAUUGAAGAAAAUUAUGGGGGAGGAAUAUCAACUACUAUUAAAAGAACGUCAAAGAAAUUCUUUUUGUUUGAAAGAAAAAUAAAUUCGGAAGCGGUUGGGAAUGUUGAGUUGUAUAAUAAUAAGCUUUUGUAUAAUGAACAAGGACAAUUUACUAAACAGUGUAAUAACGAGAAAUUAUCAAGGUUUUGGGUAGCAAUAGAUAAAGAUGCUGGAAACAGAAUUAUCGCAUUCUUAGGACUAACGACUUGUCCUCCCUCUUCAUCUUCCACUUCUAACACCUGUUGUAAUUGUAUAAUCGAUAAAACACCCGUUGUUACAUAUCUUUGCGUAUCGUACGAGUAUCGACGACGAGGGAUUGCAACGGCGAUGCUAGAACAUGCUGUGAAAUUUGUGAACCGACGAGGUGGGAAACGAAUAGAAGUUGAAUUGUGGACUUGGUGGAAUCCCGCAUUUGAUUUGUUUUGCUCGUUUGGAUUUGGGGAAGUGGGAAGAGAGAGUCAUGUUCUGUGCGGAACUGUUGAACGUGUGCGAUUGAGAUUGGAUGUUGAAAUGUGGGCAUGGAGGAGGAAGACGAAGCAACAGCAACUAUAUCAAGAAAAUGCGGAAUUCUGGUGUAAAUGA